AUGAAUUGCAUGCAGAGAAUAAGCGAAAACGGACUUCGUGUAUCCUACUGCGAGGAAUUCUACGAUUCAAAGAAAGCAACUUUCAUUUUGAAUGAACUAUCAAAAUUGAAAUUCGAAGAGCAAUGCGUCACAGUAUAUGGGCGAACUUAUAUACCGAAAAGGAAAAUUUGUGCGUAUGGUGAUGAUGGACUUUGUUAUUCAUAUUGUGGUAUGGAUGUACCUGCGAUUGCCUGGACGCCUCUAAUGUUGCAACUGAAAGAGGAAGCCGAAUAUGCUUCGGGGGAGCAUUAUAAUUAUGCUCUCCUAAAUUACUACCCUGAUGGGAGUUCUGGUAUAGGAAAUCACCGUGAUAAUGAGCCUAGUCUACAGAGUAGUUCAUCGAUUGCAACAAUAUCCCUAGGAGCUACACGCACAAUUAACUUUUAUCGCCAGAAUUGUUUGUGCACCAACCUUUCGCUAACACAUGGUAGUUUGUACAUCAUGCAUCCACCGACAAACCAACUGUUUACUCAUGGGAUUCGACCUAAGUUACAUGUCAAGCAUCCUCGCAUCAGUGUGACAUUUCGUCGACUUCUUCAAGUCAUGCCCCCAUCAAAACGACGAUGUUUGGAUGUGACAGUGCCUCUUCAAGCAGCUCUGGAGGAGUCCUUAGAACAAUCCGACGCGCCCUUGGAGCAGCCCGACGUGGUGGAGACUACAGUGCCUCUUCAAGCAGCUCCGGAGGAGCCCUUAGAACAAUCCGACGCGCCCUUGGAGCAGCCCGACGUGGUGGAGACCCCAGUGCCUCUUCAAGCAGCUUCGGAGGAGCCCUUAGAACAAUCCGACGCGCCCUCGGAGCAGCCCGACGCAAUAAAUCUUCCAUUAACCCUACAAUUGGAAGAUGACUUCACUAAUCGUUGUAUUAUGUUUUCACCUGCAGCAUUCAUCGAAUUCAUGAAUAAGUUGGAAGAUUUUAACUUCGUGUACAAAAAUAGUGGUUUUAUUGCUAACAAUGAAGUGAUGGUUCUAUUGAAUGAUGGAUACUGCAAAUUAUAUCAAAUAAACCGCGAAUGUGAAUUGGAGCCAGCCGGGGUUCACCUGCAAGAGGAAAUGUGUAAAGACUUUUGUGAAAAAAACUGUGACACAUUAAUGGUUUCUCUUGAAGGUGCAUAUGAAUAUGAACAUUUUAUCUCGAACUGA